GUCGUGCGCGUUACGUCACACGUCAAAUCAAACAACAUUUCAAAAGUGUUUUGAUUUGAAAUGUUUGGUUGAUUUUUUAAAAUUUAAAUUGAAAUUUUUAGUUAAGGCUUUGCUUGACUAUGUCUUUACCUAUCGAAGAAUUCCAUGAAGAGGAGCAUGAUGAGCUUUCUCAAGAAGUUUCGGAGCUCACAGUUGAAACGAUUACAGAAGAAGAACUAGAAGCAGAGUUUCCUCAUGAGGAGCUUGCAAUGGAUCUUGAGACUAUAGAAAGUGAAAAUGAUCAUGAGGGUUUGGUGGAACAUGAAGAGGAGGUGUUCAAUACUGAAGAAGUUGAGCAUAUUGAGCCGGAAGAAGUUGAGAUUCAAACUGAAAGUGAGGUUGUGAAUCAGCAAGUCGAAGAAUCCAAUAAAAUUGUGAGUAAGGAGGGUGGUCUUGUGCCCCCUUUAAGGUUACUUAAUAUUGCCCCAAAACCUGAUGGUGUACCUGUGGCACUGAAAUCUGUUAGGGGGCAACCGGUGAUUUUAAUGCCAGGCGCAUCUGGUCCUCAGACAAUUAAACUGGUAAAUCCCCAAGGGGAAGAAAUCAACUUAAGCAAUUUAACUAUUAGGCAACCAAUAACUGUUAAGCAACCGAACACAUUAAAACCCGCAUCACCAGCCAAACCAAAAAGCAUAUAUAAUGCAAACAAAAAAAUCAUCAAUAGAAAACAGAAAGUAGUAACUUUAAAUAAAGGAUCUCAGCAAUUUAUGCUGGUUCAAAAAGCGGGGUCAAAAACAGAACAAUUGCAACAGAUCAAGGUGAUUCAAACAGCUUCGGGACCCACAAUAACAAAAACCAUGACUCUACAACAGGCCCAAGAGUUGGGCCUAAUAUCCGCCAACACAAAACUGGUUCAGAGUACCCCAUCUGCCGGGGGUGCAAAAAGAACAGUUUUAUUAAACCAGAAGGGGAUUAAGUUGGCACCGCAAGGGACCACCACAACCACUAGUGGGCUUAAAACGGUGUCUUUGUCACAAAUAAAACCGGGACCAGCAAAGAUAUUACCGGCAACAGCGGGUGCUGCUACCAAAAUAGGGCCACAAAGGAUUAUUUUAAAGGGUCCUGGUGGUACGAUAAACCAGUUGCCGACCGGACAGUUGAUUCAGAUGACUGGUCCUCAGGGGUUGGCCAAUGGACAAAUACACACAAUAAAUGUACCUGGAAAAGGAGUGCAAUACAUAAAAUUUGUGGCCAGUACAACUCCAGAAGCCACUAAAAACACCGUCGCCAUCGCGAAAUCUGUAAAAAGUGCCAUUACUUCUACGGUAACCACCAACGUCCAAGAUAUCAAGCCAAUAACUACAAACAAAAUUUUCGGCAAAACCAUAGUUAAACCGGUUGCUGCUUCUGCCGUGCCUAAACCAACGCAACUGAUGAUUAUUCCUGCAAAUAUGCAACUUCAAAAGGUGCCAAUUAUGAAACAAGCAACCGCAAUACAACCUAAGCCGGUCAUCAAUACACCUGUUGUGAUAGCCAAAACAGUCGUAACCGAAUCAAAACCAGAUGUAUCGUCUAUUGAUCUACCUCCAGCGAGUACACCUCCGCCACUAGACACGACAAUCACAGCCUCCUCGCCGCCACCCGGUGGCGCCAACGAGAACUCGCCCAACCAGAACGCGAUGCGCCCACGGAAACCGUGCAACUGCACCCGAUCGCAAUGUCUUAAGUUGUAUUGCGACUGUUUCGCCAACGGGGAGUUUUGUUACCUGUGCAAUUGCGUAAAUUGUUUCAAUAAUUUGGAGAACGAGGAGACGCGCAAUUUGGCGAUCAAGGCGUGUUUGUACCGGAACCCGGAUGCCUUUCGACCGAAAAUCGGCAAAGCAAAAGAUCCGGACGGAGACGUCUUGAGAAAACACACGAAAGGUUGUAAUUGCAAACGAUCCGGCUGCUUAAAAAACUACUGCGAAUGUUACGAGGCGAAGAUCGCGUGUUCGAGCAACUGUAAAUGUUACGGAUGUCGGAACGUCGAGGAUCCCAUCGAUAACAUUUACGAGAAUAGUAAACCGCCGAGGAUAUCGGACGAGGAACUGGCUCAAACGGUUUAUAGGAAAAUUUUGCCCAAUUAUGUUGAGAUGACGCCUUCGUUACCCGUUCAGAAGCUGAAGAAAAAUAGCUCAAGAAAACAACCUUUAACGUACAUAACCGACGAGGUGAUCGAGGCAACGUGCCAAUGUCUCCUGACCAUUUCCACCGAUGCCGAUUCGAACCUGCAAGACGAAGAACUGACGAAAAAACAAAUCAUCGAAGAAUUCGGGGGUUGUUUAGACGAAAUCAUACAUUGUUCGAUUGGUAAAAGGGGUUGUAGUAGCUAAAAUUAAUUAAAGUAUUAUAGACUUUUAUUUUAAAAAAAGAGAAGUGUUCGUAUAAAAAUUAUUUAUUGCAUUGGUUUAAUUUCGAGUCAAAAAGUGUGUAAAUUUUUUUAAACCGUUCGAUUUUUUUCGGGUGUUGUUUUUAUUUUAUUUUUACUGUGGAACAGUUGCCCAUAGGUAUUUAAUACUGUUAUACGUUUAAUAUUAUUUUUAUUAUGUACAUGUGGAUAUAUUGUGAAUCGUAAUAUAAGUUAUAUUAUUA